CUCUGGAGCAUCUGCCGUCAUCCCGUCAUCAGACGUGCUUGGGGGGGAGGACGCUUUGCUGACUCAACGGGCUGAUCCCCUCCACAUUUCCACGGACCUAUGCCCCCCCUCCCCCCGCCGCUACUCGGCCACAUCAGAUGCAUGCUGCAGAUCCUGCUGCUGCUGCUGCUCAGAUGAGAUAAGCGUCUUCUUCGUGCUGCAGGAGAAAAAGGACGCAAGAGCGGAGGGUUGGAGAAGACACCGGAUUUAAAGGAUUAUUCAUUUUUGAUUUUUUUUUUUGGGCUGCUGCACCCCCCGCCUCCCCAUUUAAAUUAAAAAAUAAAUAAAUCGUGGAUUCCGAUCUGCAGAGGUGAUGUGAGCCGGACCCAAGCGAGACGAGGGUGGAAUCCGCAGAGGAGCUGUCCAACGGUCGUGGUGCUGAUGCGGCUGUGAGGCGAGCAUGGCUGCCGGGAAGUUGCUGCUCUACGCCGGGCUCGCUCUGUCUUUAUGCGCCCUGGGCAUGCUGGCAGUGGCGAUGUGCUCCGACCACUGGUACGAGACCGACGCAAGGCGCUACAAGGAGCGCUGCCAGAGUUUCUCGAGCCGCCGCAAGGACCCGGGCUUCAUCUACAUCCCCAACAACAGCCUGCCUCUGCGGGCCGGUCGGAGCGCCGCGACCCGCUGGGAGGAGAAGCUGCUCCUGGCCCGUAACCGGCGGCAGCUGUUCGCCAUGAGCGCCGCGGACGAGUGCAACAGGCAGUACAACUCCACCAACAUGGGGCUGUGGAGGAAAUGCCACCGGCUGGGGUUCGACCAGGGAAUCGAAGAUCUCAUCCGGAAAGGUUCUAUUGGGAGAUGCUCCUUCAUCAAGUACCACUACUCCUCGGGCACAAUACCCAAAAACCUCUCGUAUAACAUCACCAAGACAAUAAGGCAGGAUGAGUGGCACUCCCUCCAUUUACGUCGAAUGACGGCAGGGUUCAUGGGAAUGGCGGUGGCCAUCAUCUUGUUCGGCUGGAUCAUCGGCGUGCUGGGUUGCUGCUGGGACCGAGGACUCAUGCAGUAUGUGGCCGGCCUGCUGUUCCUGAUGGGAGGUACCUUCUGCAUCAUCUCCCUGUGCACCUGCGUCGCCGGUAUCAACUUUGAGCUCUCGCGCUACCCGCGCUACCUGUACGGCCUGCCCGACGACAUCGGCCACGGCUACGGCUGGUCCAUGUUCUGCGCGUGGGGAGGUCUGGGCCUCACCCUCAUCGCCGGAUUCUUCUGCACGCUGGCGCCCUCCGUGCAGCCGAUACCGAGAUCCACCUGCCCUAAAUCCCGACAGGAGAACGGCACCGUGUGCUAAACGCUUCCCCACCCCCUCGACGCAGAAAAAAAUAACCAUUUGUCCAUCCAUCGACUGAUCGCCGCUCUCUCCUGGUUACUGUUUGUUUUGGGGUUUUUAUUUCUGUGUUUAAAAAAUGGGUGUUUGAAGAUCUGCCAUACUGAAAAGAAAAAAAAAUCGAGAUGAAAAAAAAUGACAGAAAUAUUAUCACAAAAUACCAAGUUGUGCGUGUUUAAUUGUUGUGGAGCUGCUAUUGCGUCUGAAAAGGACUUAAAGAAGAAGUUCCCUGAACUGUGACUAUGGAGGGAAUCCAAUUCCCCAAAAUUCAAACAAAGCGAUGACUUGGACGUUUCUUCUGGGUUUGGCCUUUUGGGAUCUUUUGGGACCUGAUGGAAUAAACAAACGAGUGGUACUGAAACUGCCGAAGUUACCUUGGGAUUUAUGGACCUACGCCGUUGUAUCAUACUGUACAGAAUAUGCCAGGUGACAACCAGGACGUGUCAUUCCAUCAUCCCCCUCUAGGUGCAUACGACGAUAGCUACCAUUUUUUACAUCGAUUUCCUUUUUAACAAAGCCGUGAACAAACUGAGAAAAUGUGAGCUUUUUUCCCAUUCUAGUCGUUAGAAGUAAAUGUACGUAUGAAGUGUGUUUGUGUGUGUGUGAUUGGGGAGGGAGUGGUGUCAAAAUGAUCAUAAUCACAAAAUGGUGUUUGGAUAAUGGAGAGAUGCAGUAUCCUGUUUAACUGAUUCACGUCACGACUAAAAUGUUAAGUGGAAUGGUGGGAAAUUUUAAUUUUAAAAUCUGGUGGGAAAAGUGGGAAGAUGAAAAGCACAAAAAAAAAAAGCAAAAACAAAACACAAAGGCCCUCGAGAAUAUUUGGAACCAUGCGUA